UAGAGUAUACUACUGUUUUCAAUUUCAAAUUGCGAUGGAGCCCCUUGGCAACACCGAAACGGAAGACGGAACCGCCGCGCCGGUGAAUAAAACCGCCCGCCGCGUCAGCUUCGCCGACAACGAGAUCACCUCCAUCCAUCUCUUCCCCUCCGACGACGCCGAACAAACUCCUCCGCUCGAUGACCACAACAACGUCGUUUCUAGCCCCUUCCUGAGACCAAUCGCUUCGCCUCUUUCUCCUCUCAGAACCGCCACUGCUUCCACCGAUGACGACGAAGCUUUUCACGGUCCCGUUUUGGCUAGUUUCAUUGAACCUGGACGGUUGUCGGGUCCUGAUCCCGGUUUCUCCGACGAUGUCACAAUGGAUUCAACUGCGUUCUCAAUGCACUAUCGGAGCCUCGCGAGGUCAGAUUCCGAUGAUCUCAGAACGCCAAGCCAGAAUUGGAUCCCUGCUGUUACUAGUACUACUGAAGGAAGCUUCAUGACGCUCAGCGACGCAAGGAACGAGAUUUGUGACGGUGAUUCAGCGAGUGGAGCUAGAGAUUCAAACGACAUGACUGUGGUGGAGGAUAAAGAGUAUCCAUUUAGGUAUGAUUAUGACAGAAUGUCUCCUUCGUUAGGUGCAAUUUCAGCUGAAGGAAGCAAAGAUGCCUCUUCUUUCUUGGAGAUAUCAAACAGGAGCCCUUAUGGUUCAUCAACAGAAAAAGACUUUGUAUACAGCAAAGGCGAUGAUGACAAUAGUGCUGGUAUUGGUAUUGGUGCUGAUGCUUCGAUUAGAACUGCUGAUUCUUUGAUCAAUGAUAAGAGUCCCGCUAAGGGAGUUAUAGAUGCGACCAAUUGUAUCCAAGAAGUGUCAACUCCAUCGAUGAAUUCCCUGAAAGAGCGCCUGAGAGAACUACGAUUGUGCCAUGGUAAUAUGCAAGAGUUGUCUCAUGAGGGCAACUUAGAUGGAGAUGAUUUUAGUGCCCAGAUUUCUGCUCAGAAGAAAAGAAAAGUUUUUGAGAUGCUAAGAGGUCGAAAGAUCAUGGAUGAAUCAGGGAGGAUUGACGCAAGUCCACAGCUCCAUAAUGGUUGGAAGAGUGACCAACAAUUGGUUUUGCAGCAAACAGGUGUUAUGAGAAGUGAAAAAGGGAAGCUGGACAAUCAAACAAGGAAAACAUGGGCUGAUAUUGUAAAAAAUUUCUCAUGUGCUACAAACCUGUUGCUUUCUCCUUCAACUGAUAAGCUCAAUUUGAGAAUGAUUAGCAUGCUGGAAGAUACUUUGGUUCAAUUGCAGAAAGUUAACAUCUGUGAUGCCUUUUGUUCUGAAAUUCAUUGUCAGAAAACAGCUGACCAGUUGAAAGUUGUUGGGCAUAAAAGAUUUGUGGAAGCAAGAAGUUUGCUGUUCAAUAUAGCAUAUGGGAAAGCAAAACUACAAUUAAUGCAUAUUAAGCGCGAGAGAUUACUGAAAAAGUUACAGUUGAGCAGUGGACUCCAGGAGUUUCAAAUGAUGAAAUUAAGUGGCACUCCAGGUUUGUCUAAGCAUGAUGCUAUAAAUCAAGGGAGUGAUAGCCACUUCCAUUCCAUCUUGCUCAAUUCUGGGGGGAAGUUUCAGGUUUCUAGUCUCACCACAAUGAGGAAGGAGAUUGAAAUUUUAGAUUGGAAAGCAAAAUCCUUAAAAGAGUACUUUUGUACGUAUUGCAAGAUGGAAAGUCAUCAAAGCUUUGCUGACACCAUAAGAUCUGUUCAUCUUUAUUUGAAGAGGAGAAUAUCGUGCAAGUGUGUAUUCCAGAAUUUGCAGUUGUGGAACAUUGAUGGUUUUGAGCUUGUGGAGGGUAGUUACCGAGUUUUUCUCAACUAUUAUGAUUAUGUUAUUCAGAGGUUCACAGUAAGCGAUUGUCCAUCAACAAGCAUAAUAGUAUCAAGUAAAUUGAAUGAUAUGAAAAUUGUGAAGACCUUUCCAGAGAUGGAUGCUCUUUUUGCAUUUAUGCUUGUCCUAAAUCCUCAUACCACUAAAAGUUAUGCUCAUACAAAAGAUUUGGUGCAAGAAACACAGGUAACAAGUUCUUUGUUGAGUAAUUUGCUAGAUGUGGUUGAGGAGAUUCAGUUAGCUCAGAUAGAGACUACAAAUAUGGUUGAAGCAAAAUUCUUUUCUCAAUCAGAUGAGCAGCUGGAUUUGCUGCUAUUUUUUAUUGACUUUCGUAGUGGCAAGAAGGUGAAAGUAACCCUUGAUAUGACGUGCUUGAGAUGUGGGGUCUAUCCUGUAAGUAUCCUUCCUUGCCGGGUACAUGAUGCUGCUAGUGGGGAGCAGAAGUCACCAUCCCUUGUAGCUGAAAUAAGGACUGCAGUUAAAACUGUAAGUGUUGGGUAUUCAAGAAUCAUGAGGCUUUCUCGGUGCAUUUCCCAGGUGGUUCAUGCUUGCACUUUAUCCCCAUGAUCAUCACUUUUUGGAUGUCUCCUAUCCAAUCUUGAAAUCUUUGGAUGUUGGUAGAUUAUGCAAUAGAUCUUGCCAUGUGUAUUUUUACAUUAUAUGGUGGUUUGAUUGUAGUUUUCUUGUAUAGAAGGCCAAGCACGGGGUCUCCCACAAAUCAUGAAAUUAAUUAGCUAGUUGUUGGGUGAGAUUUGUCAAAUUUAAAUGCACCAUGCAGGUAGGGUCCCCACGUAGUUUAUAGAUCGUUAUCUUUAUAAAUUUCUCCUUGAUGUGUUAUGCUAGUAUUAGUCUCUUUGCAGUAACGCAGUUAGUCCAAUUUUCUGAUUACA